AGGCGCGCGCAGCUACUCCUGGCUUGUUAUGCAACUACCGUGACCUACUAACACACAUCUGUGUGUGUGUGUGUGAGAGAGAAAGAAACUGGAGAGACAAGAGCACGCGGGACUAGAAGGGAUUCACGACACACCAUUCAGGACAACGGCGCGCGCAUAGUCACACACAGAAACACAUACUUAAACGGGGAACGUAUUUAAAUGUAAAUAAAGAAAGAAAAGAGAGAGAAAGGAUACCGGAGGACAAAAACACACCUCCCUGCACCCAAACCGGCGCGCGAGACUGCUUCAUUCCGAUCCUUCUUUUACUCCUGGUUCUCAUCCUGCUGAUCAGUGAGGACAUCGGAGCAUACAAACAGGAAAACACCAGCAGGGUUCCACUGUGCAGGAGGUCAGAAUACCUGAGAACAGCUAGGGCUUCUUCAGGUCGUAUCCUGUCUUCAAUGUCACAGACAUCAGCUUCCAGAGGAGCACAAUGGAAAGUCGGAAUCAUCCCAUCCAAACCCCCAACGCAGACUCGGAAGCACUGGAUGUGAUUCCGAACGCAGGAAGCGAGAACGUGGUGGAGUUGCCUCCGAUCACCAGCAAUGCACGUCAAGGCCGAGUGGCCAAACCCAAACUCAACGUGAACUGCAGACGCAAGCGUGAGUUCAUUUCUGAGGAAAAUAAAGAUGAGUCAUACUGGGAAAAACGCCGCAAGAACAACGAAGCAGCCAAGCGCUCGCGGGAGAAACGCAGACUCAAUGACAUGGUGCUGGAGAACCGGGUGAUGGCCCUCAACGAGGAGAACGUUCGCUUGAAGACAGAGCUCCUUCAGUUGAAGCUCAGAUUCGGGCUCAUCAGCACCGCGUCCUACAUGGAGAAAACACAACAAAUCAGCAACGCUGCUGAAAACAAGCUCACUUCUGAAAAUCCGCAGUUCCCGAGCACUCAUGUCCUGAUGAACUCGGACUCGUCGGAAGCGGAGCAAAUUACUCAGAGUGAAGGUCAAGUGUCGUUACCCAAAUAUCCCUCUCGAGGAUCUCUGUCCGAUUUCUCAGACGGAUCGUCUCUGGACAGUCCUGAACCGGCGAAAUACGAUACGAAGCGAGAAAGUGCAGUUCAUGUCGGCGUCAUCAACGGCAUCGCAAGCCGACAUCACAGCCGACUGCAGAACCACCACGGCAACGUGCGAGAACAUCACGGGUCCCGUCUACCUGCUUCUAACCAGAGGAGCGUAAUUCUCUACAGCAGUGGCUCGUACGUCACCCAGAACCAAGCGGAUCCAAAAGAAGCAGGAAGUGGUGAUCCACCAAGACCGUACGCUUUAGAGACUCUCUCAGAAGUGGCUCAGCAGCUAGCGAGCAGAUCGCUGGACGUGCUGAAUUACGAUUACGCCAAAAGUAAAGCAGAUGUUCACUACACCCUUCAAGACCAACAUAUACUGGACGAAGCUGAUCCCCAGAAUCAGAACACCGUCCUCCCUGAACCACCAGCGCUAAUCUACGAAGGCGAUCUGAGAGACGACAGGUUCUCGUCUUUGAGUAAGGACACGUCCUCGAGCGACGGAGAUCCUCACAGCUCAGACAAAGAAGCGUCCACUGAUGACGAGUCUCCAUCUUCUUCAUCCUCAGAAACCUCGCACUCUGGUCAGAACAGAGAUACUGUUAAAACAGCAGCGUUGCCGCACAAGCUGAGGCUGAAACAUCGAGCCGUGUCUAACGAGGAUUCCACCUCCAACACUUCAUCCUCUUCAGCACUUCUGCAGUUCGGACAGAACCCCACCCAGAGCGCAGACGGACCUCCUGAACCUCCUCCAUGCAGAGGAAGUGUGAGGACAGGAUCAGGAUCACGAGGAGGCAGGAAUAAGAAACGUGACUGAGAUGGAUCCUCUGGUUCCAGAAACAGAUGUUUCUGAGCACAGAGACUCAGAUUAGCUCCACUGGCUCGCUCAUCGGCCUUCUGUAUUUUUUAAAUUCCGUUAACUCUCUAGACUUAUUUUUCUGUUGUCUGGAUUACAGCUGUGAAGGAGAUCUGGCCUGGUUCCUCACGCUCUAGCUCGGACUCCAUGUUGGACCGUCGUGGUGUGACGAUGUCAUAUGUUCAGAACUUGCUGAGAGCAAAGCUAAAGUGCACUACAGUCCUCAAAACCUUCCCAGCACUUCUUCUACUUCAGCACUACAGGAGCACUCGCUCACCUUCACCCACGUGACCUGAGAGCAUCGUGGGGGAAAAAGUAAGCAGAAUUUCUCCGACCAGGAACAAACAAUACACAUCUAGAGGAAGAAGUGAGAUGUGAUUUAGGAUGGAUCCUGCUGUCCAUCUAUUAGCACUAAAAAGAUGUCAGUUAUAACACUAAUGCAUUUUUACACAAACACACACACACACACACACUGCAGGGUGAGAAUUGAUUAUUAGCACUUAUUCACACUAUUUUCCAAACAUGUUAUGUGUAAAGACUUUUUAAUCGAGCUGUACGACACUUUCACAGUGAUUUUUUUAUCAUAUUCACACAUUCCUCUGUUCUUUCAUUUAACCCUGCGUUCUUAAUAACAGGUGAUGAGUUGCUUGUGGGCGUGGCCUGUCCAGAUAACAAACAGUAGUAGCUCUAUGUAGCUUCUAAAAGUACUCGCUCAGCAGAGACAGCAACGAUCUCUGCUACUUCCCUCCAAGCUUUAUUUUCCCUCAUGAUGUCUCUGUACACAGUUAAUAUAACUGGAGGAGAUGAAACCAGGGCUUUAAGUUUUUCUUGCAGUUUUGUUGGAACUAACUGCAUGUAAGAACUAAAGUAGUGAGGGGGAACUGAAGAAACGUCGGACCUCACACUCUGUGUAUCGGUCUGAGGAAUCAUUUGAGACGAUGGUUUGGAUUUGCUGCUUAUUUACAGUCGCAUCUAAUUUGUGUAGAAUUGAGAAAAUUUAAAUGUUUAAAUGUUAAAAUUGCAGCUCUGUGUCAGUAACAUUUGUGGAAAAUGAACGAUUUGGGUAGUGUGGACGCAGGGUUAGUGUUAAGAUGGGUGCACACUGUGAGAUUUUGAAUAGUCCUAUGCGACUGUUGCUUGUCAGACUGUAUGAACAUGAUCCCCGCUGUAAUCCAUGUCACACUGUAGGAUCUCAGUUGUCAUUAAUGUCAGACUGUACGACAGUCAAGACGUGAAAAACAGACACACACAGGAAGACUCAUACGGAGUAGGAGAAGCCACACUGCAGGACUGUGCCUCAAAUCCUCUCACACUGCCAGAAUUUAAUCGGAGGAAACAUUUCAUCGCAACAGCCGUUAAUCAGCUGUCGGAGAACGCGUCAAACUAGCGAUCAGAGACUACAGAUUGUGCCCUAGGAUUAUAGGAAUCUUUUAAGAUUCUCAAAAUUUGUCUCACACGACCAAAUCGUGGCCAAACUCGUACAGCGUGAACCCGGCUUUAGUCGCAUUACACAAGUCCACAGAAACACGUUUGCUCUGUCACGUAUCACCCUGUCACAAAGUGAGCACCACAAUUCUGUCAUGAUUUUUCCAUCAUGUAAACACACAAGCGCUCUGAAACACACUUACAGUUCGGAAAUAAUACAGAAUAAUUCCAAACUCCUAAAAGUGGAAUGUGUUUGGGUUUAAUCGUAAAAAAAAUUCUCCCGUAUUUUUAAAAAAUUAUUAUUAUUAUUUUUUUUUUUUUGCAAAACGUAAAUGUUUGUUGUAGGUUUAGAAAUUUCACCCUAAUUUUAAACCUAAUUAAUUUUCAAAAGCAUUUAAAAAAAUGUAAUUAAAUCCAGUGAUUCGCAGCACUUACCAAACUGGCACCUAAUUGAUGGUCAGCUAGUAAAAUACAUUUAUUUAUUUAUUUUUGGUCAGUUUUCAAUUAAAUUUAUUUAAUCUUGAACAUUUCCAAAAAAAAAAAAAAAAACCCCCCAAAAACCCACAGUUUAAUGAGAACUAAAACUCAGCUGUAGAGAUGAAACCCAGAGUCUGUAAAACACUAACGUGUGUGAUGUUUAUAUAAAUAGCGUCCUGGCGGAAAUUUCACUUGUAUUCCCUCCAGGUGUUUCUCCUAUUAAAUUUAGCACCAAAGACACACACAGAGUUUCAUUUCCUCUUCUGUGGUCAUGUGACAUUUCUGCCACACUACUAUUCUGAACUGUAAAAUACUGUCAUAACAAUAAUCAUCAUAUUUAAUACAUUUUAUAGAGUAAACACUAAACUCAGCGCUCUCACCCUUUAUACUUUGUGUUAAUGCUGGAGUUUUGUUUGUGAGUGUCCUUUUAUUUUUGGUAUUGUCUUGUUAGAAACACUUUGUGCGUAUCAUGUUGGUGUUUGAGCGGGGAGGUUCAUGUGAAACUACUAAACCAUCCUCCUGCAAGAUAAAACUGUGAAUAAUAAUAAGUAGAAUCACUUUACACAAGGAAGAAAACAUAAGAUAACUUAAGGACAGGAUCAAAAUCUGAGGUUUGAUUUGUGUUCGGAAUGAUUAUUAACGUCCGCAAACAUAAGCGUCCGCAAACAUAAACAAGAAAGUAAACCAUAGUCACGUUUGCUUUUGUAGCUGAGAGUGCGCUUGACUCAAAACUAAAACCACAAUCCGACUGGUUUAUUGUCGAAAAUAGUUUGUGCAACAGAAAUAUGAAUAAACAAUGCAAAUAGUGAAUAAUCAGAAGAAGAAAAAAACAGGAACAGAA